CAUUUUCACUAUAACCGUUUAAAAACUCAAGAAGUACUGGAUGUGCAAUGCGAAUCCGAACUGUUGAAAACGUUCACGAAGAGAGACUUAAACGUUUUAGCUCUCUGGGCCACAAACGAUGCUUCACUUCUGAAUACGUGAAAAUUGUGUGUAGACCUGAAUUGAUGGAUUCAGCAUUUUGCCAGCAGUUCCUGGGGUAAGUUACAUCAAGGCUAUACAUCACACUGUUAUUUUCAUCUGAAAAUACACAACAAAUGCUGCUGUGAGGGACGAGGCUCACCCUGAAGAACCCGGAGAACCACAUAUGACUCUGACAGCUUGAACAAAGUUACGAGGAUGGGUGCCGCCUUCAAGAAGUUCUGUAUUCGAUUCUGCUGUUGCUGCUGCUGCGUGGAAGACGAUGAGGAAGAAAAGAGACCUUUGCUUAGUCACGACACGUUGGAAUAUUUUGACCGCGAAGCGAAAAGAAGGCGGGACCAAGAGACCAACCUGUGGAGUGAACCUGGAGACCCCUCCCACUCUGAGAGAGACGACGACCGCACGCUAUACAACCUGCUGCAGACCAGAGCCAAAACCCAGCGAGGAUCUCACGGCUACCGGCGUUUGAGCAUCGACAUUGAGGCCAUGAGAGACAUGAGGAGAGAGGUGCGAGAUAAAUGGAAGAUGAUCUUAGAGAAUCUGGGGUUCAUGGCUGAAGCCGAGUCUCUGCUGACUGUGUCUGCUAGCGCAUCAUAUGACCGCAUGAGAAAUGCAGCGGUCGCCCGCAGCCUUCUACAGACCCUCCACACCGAGACGUCCAUAUUCAACAGCAAAGAGCCUCCACCCGAGAGAUACCUCUUCAUCCUGGACCGGCUGAUUUAUCUGGACGCUGCUGAGGAUUUUGUGGCCAAGGCUCGUCGCUUCUACCCUCCUAAAGAUGACGAUGAUGACGAAGAGGAAAACCCCAGUCUAAUAAAUCUUCCUCUGCUGCUGUCCCGCAUAAAUCAGAACAUCUCUGGAGGAGAGGACGACGAUGAGGGCGAGACCACCGGUCCGGAGGACUGACACUGAGAUUGGAUUGUGUUGAUGUUUUCAGAAUCGAGUUGGAGGGCUUUUGGAGGUAAACGGAUUUAGACUGAAGUCGGCUCGGGUCAAGGUGGAUGGGAAUGCUUAAGAUUAAAUAGCACAGGUUGACAGGAUUAAUUAGGCAAAUGCUUUUGUGAGAAACAAGGAAUCAUCAAAAUAGCUGCAGAUCUCACUUUUUAUGUAAUUAUGAAAUAUAAGAUCAGGAUUACUAAGGCAUGUUGGUAUUGUAAGUGUAAGAUGGAGAAGUGAAUUUGAAUAAAUAGAA